CUAAUUUCCCACUGCCACCAUGCUUCAAGCAAUCCUGUUAGUUAUCGUAUCACUGUCCUGUAUCCAGGCCAUGCCCGCGCCCCUACCUCAAGAUCCUAUCAGCCCUUCGGACCGUAUGUUUGCAGAGCAAUAUUUAGACACGUUCUAUCUGAUGAGAUCCAAAUCAAAGAACACAUUUGCUGAAAAAAUCAAAGAGAUGCAGAAGUUCUUUGGGAUGUCGGUGACAGGGAGGUUGGACUCGGACACCAUGGCGAUGAUGAAGACCCCCCGGUGCGGAAUGCCCGAUAUUGCAGAGUUCAGACAGUUCCCUGGGAAUCCCAAAUGGACAAAAACCCGGCUGACAUACAGCAUUGUGAACUACACCCCCGAUCUGUCUCGCCAAGUGGUAGACACCGCAAUACAGAGGGCGUUUGGGGUGUGGAGUAACGUCACCCCGCUGCAGUUCACAAAGGUUUCCUCUGGAGAUGCUGACAUAUUGAUCCGAUUUGGAGCUCGCACGCAUGGAGAUUCCAGCCCGUUUGAUGGCCCCAGUGGAGUUCUAGCUCAUGCCUAUGGUCCAGGGCGCGGCAUUGGAGGUGAUGCCCAUUUUGAUGAAGAUGAAAGAUGGACAAGUUCUAGAACAGGUUUUAAUCUGUUCCUAGUGGCUGCGCAUGAAUUUGGCCAUUCUCUGGGACUCGAUCAUUCUACUGACCCACGAGCCUUGAUGUUCCCGACCUACCAUUAUGUGGACACGCAGGCCUUUCGUUUGUCCCAAGAUGACAUCAACGGAAUACAGUCAAUAUAUGGAAGAAGGCAAUAGGUGCAAAGUCACAUGCUUUAGCUUGGUCAUCAUUUAAUUGCUACAUUGUAAGCUCUUGUAUGCAGGACCUUCUAAUCCUUCUGUUUUAUUUUGGCGCUAUAUUAUUGUAAAGUGCUGUAUAGCUUGCUGGUACCGUGUAAAUAAAUAAAUGAUGAUUAAAAGCUUA